AAGUAGUAAUAGAAGAAAAAUAUUACAUAAAUCAGAAAGACAAAGCUUAGAACUUUGGAAAUUUAGAAUUGAAAAAAACUCAGACCUCACAUGUUCAGUUUCACAGCAAGAAGGUGUUAUUGGAAGACUUUUUGGAUUUACUAUUCCUAUUAGAAAAGAAAUUAUUAGAGAUACAUUAACAAUUCUUUUUGAUUCAAUACAUGGAACAAAUAAAGAUAAUGAUUAUUUGUUUACUUUACUUUCACCUGAUCCUAAGACUAGUAAAGAACAAAAACCUAUAGUAUUUCUUAUAGAUUAUGAUCUUGCACAAAUAAAACAGAAAAAUAUAGGAAAAGUAUGUAAAGAUAAGGAAGAAAUUAUAAAUCAUAAAUUAAAUGCUAUAGAAAGAAGAAAACUAAAAGAAGAGGUUUUAGCUAAUAUUAAACAUUUAAUGCAAAAUGAUGAUAUUGCAACUGUUGAUAGUA